AUGUCGGCAAGUCUCGUCAACUGCGCCGCCUGUUUGCGCCGUGCAGUGCAGGCUUCGUCUCGCAACAGACCCCUCGCCGGCAUCCUCCCCGUUCUUCCACAAACCAGCAGGCCCUAUGCUUCAGUUGCAACCCCAAGCAUUGAACGAACCGAUGCUCCUAAGAGUCUUAUUCUGGAGCCCGUCGAUUCAGAUGUCUCCAAGAAAAAAGACUUUGAGCGGCUGCAGCGCAUUGUCAAGAAGGAGCUCCAGCACAUGGACGACCCUUGGAAGAUUGCCCAGUAUGUUGAAAGAGCUCUCGCCAAUGACAGGUUUGAUGAAGCCUUGCUUCUCACCAAGACUGCUGGCAAAGACCGCCAAGUCGUUGUUGCUUGGAACCACCUCAUCAACUAUCUGCUGGGCAAGCAGCAGCUGAAGAACGCCAUCAAGCUUUACAACGAUAUGAAGAAAAGAGGGCAGCUACCCAAUGUGCAGACCUAUACAGUCAUCUUCCGCGGCUGCGCCCAGUCGCAACACCCAAAGCUCGCUGUCGCCGAGGCUGUCAAGCACUACAACAUUCUCCUCAGCGACAAACGCUUGCAGCCCAAUUCGAUUCACAUGAAUGCUGUCCUCAAUGUUUGCGCGAGAGCUGGCGACCUUGACUCCAUGUUCCUCAUAGCCGACACAGCCAACGAGUCUACUCGCGCCCCCACACCCUACACCUACACUACCAUAUUCAAUGCUUUGCGAUAUCAAGCAACCCUUGAUGCGGGCGACAUCACGCCGGAGCAGCAAGCCACCAACACGCAAAAGGCUAUAGAUCGCGCAAAAGCCAUCUGGAAUGAAGUCAUUGAUAAAUGGAGAAAGGCCCAGCUGGUCAUAGACGAAGAGCUAGUAUGCUCCAUGGGCCGUGUCCUACUCCUUGCCCCGAAUAAGGAACAGAAGAAGGAGGUUCUCGACUUGUUAUACCAGACAAUGAGCAUACCCAACUUGGCCAAGGAUGCUGGCAUGGACGCGUUCCAAGAUUCCCAGAUGGAAAAGAUUGCUGUUACUGGUGCUCCAAAGAAGGUGCCCUCAACCAGAGCUGUCUAUGCUGUCCCCGGCCGCAAUACCCUGGCCCUGGUCCUCACGACGCUAGCCUCAUCAAGGCUCACAACGUGCGGUAUCAAGUAUUGGAACCUCCUGGUCCGUUACUACGGUGUCGUACCGGACAACGACAACUGGCUGCGCAUGUUUGGCAUGCUCAAAGUUGCCAAGGCAAGCGGCCAUGCCUCUUCCAUCUUGAGCCUAAUGCCCGACGAAUACAUUGAUGCAAAGCACUACCGCAUCGCCAUGGAGACCUGCGUCCGUGAUAACAUCAACCCCAAUGCCAUUGACAACUCGAAUCGAGUGCUUGAUUCUAUGCUUGAGCGCCUCCCUGUGCCAGACUUGCACACCCUUCGUCUGUAUUUGAGGGUUGCUCUGGUCAGUCAUUUUCAGUUCCGCGAAAGACUCAAGCAGGGUAAUGAAGAAGACGAAGAAGCCGCCAAGCGUGCUGAAGAAGAGGCCAAGCGUGAGUAUGGCCUCCAAAUAACAACUGCUCUUGCCCAUCUCUGGGAGCCUUACAAGAAAGUUCAUUAUCACUUCUUCAAGGAGAAGGCAAAGGGCAAGGAUUCUAGCACGGGAGCGCUAUACAACAGCCAGCGUGAGGUCAUCGCCCUGGCUCGUCACAUGUUUAGCGCUUUCAACAAGGUCCUAAACGAAAAGAUGCUUGAUGAGAAGGACGAAAAGGACCUUCGAGUGGUCGGUGCGAAGAUAAACCGCGAGAUUCAAAAGUUCUUCUCGGGUCGUGAGGACAGGGAGCCCAACUUGCGCAAAUCUGGCCGAGAAGACACGGCUGAAGGGUCUGAAGAAGGCGACCAAGGAGGUCAUGGAAAGGGGGAGAAGAGAGAGAAGAGAGACGACCCAGGAGAUCAUGGGGAGUGGAUGAAGAAAGACAACCCAGGAGGUCAUGGAAAGGGGAAGAAGAGAGACGACCAAUGA